AUGCUAGGCAAAGGUAUUGAACAGAAAUAUGUGGUGGUGGAUGUGUGGUUGAGAGGAUGGGUACUAGUGCUAGAGAACUACUAUAAUCCCUGUCAGAUAUUGGACCUGGAAGUGCUGGAGAGGGUGGAGAGCCACGGCCGUAUCGGUCUGGACAGCAGGGGGCGCUAUGAGGUCCACAGCUCCAUGGAGGUCAGGCCAAACAGUACACUCACCAUCAUUGCUGAAAUGAGACUGGAUCUCAAUCAAAGCUUCACCCGCUCGCUCACCCUCCACCCACUCCCAGUGGUCAGCGGAUCAUGCCCAGUGGGGCGGGAGUUCAUUACUGCCUUUAUGCCUAACUAUUUGCUGAGCUACCAUGAUGAUCAGAGUCUUCAACUGGCCAUAACCACACAGGAUUAUCCAGCCAUUGUUCAAAUUCAGGUCAAUGCAAUCGCCUUCUCGACCUCAGUGAAAAUAGAGAAACAGAACACCAAAUGGAUCGCCAUACCUGGUACCGCUGAAAUUGGGGGUCCAGGAGCUUCCACCAAAACAGUGCAGGUCACCUCCAACUCUGACAUCUCAGUGGUGGCCUUCAACUACAAGUUCUCGACCGGAGACAGCAGUGUGGUCUUUCCAACUGACCAGCUGGGUACUGACUAUGUGGUCUUCACCCCCGAUGAGGGUCCAAGCAACAUGCACAAGCUUAUGUCUAUUGUCAACGGCAAAGAGCCCAACAAGAUCACGAUCAUCCCUGUCUCCAACAUGAAUCUCAGUGGCUUGGAUUCCUGGAAGCAAAGAAAGGCGGUGAUUGUUACCAUGGAACCAUACCAGGUCUACCUCUACCAAAGCUACACCUCUUUCACUGGGACCAGGGUCAAAGCCAAGCUUCCUGUGGCGGUCCUGGGGGGACACGAGUGCAUUGCAGAUGGAGGCCGCUGCAAUCACGUCUACGAACAACUGCUACCAGUACAGAGCCUCUCCACCAACUACUUGGUUCCCUCCAUGCACAUGACCCAAUCAACAGACUUUGUCAACAUUGUGGCCUCAGAGGACAACACUCUAGUGAAGAUCUUUGAGGGAAAGGUAUCCACUGCUAAAGAGCUGAAUGAGGGGCAGGCAUAUGUGGUUUCUGUCCAACCCAAAUAUCCGCUGAUCAUCAAAAGUGAUAAGAAGGUCAUGGUGAUGUACUUCAGCAACAACAAGCCCUACGAUCCGUUCCUCACCAACAUCCUCCCAACGUCUGAUCUAGCCAACGAGUGGUCGGUGGACACGCAGAGCAAAUUCGAGAGCACAUUGGUCAUUGUCUCCGAGGGGGAAGGGAUCAAAACCGUUAAAGUCUGCACUGCCCCACCCACUCCACCACCAGACCCCUGUGAGAACGUCAAAUGCAGAGAAAAGGAAGAAUGUACAAAGGGGGUUUGUGUGGCCCAGUCCAAGGCCACCUGCAGGGCUGUGGGCGACCCCCACUACCUCACCUUUGAUGGGGAGCGAUUUGACUUCCAGGGCACCUGCUCUUAUGUCAUGGCCACGGUUGUUAAAUCUGAACCUGGCCUCAUCCCGUUCACUGUCCUGACCAAGAACAACCACAGAGGGAACAAGAGGGUGUCUUUCGUAAGGAAAGUCUCAGUCACGGUCUAUGGGCUGACUGUUGUGAUCAGCACGCAUAAAGGGAAGGUUGAGGUGAAUGGUGAGAAUGUCUACCUGCCUGUGACCCUAGCCGGGGGAAACCUAACGGUGGUGUAUAGUGGCAGCUAUGCUGUUCUGAAGACAAACUUUGGCCUGAAGGUUAUGUACGACUGGAACAUGAAGUUCUACAUCACUGUCCCCAGCAGCUACUUCCGCACCCUGGGUGGGCUCUGUGGGAACUACAACGGGGAUCGCAACGACGAGUUCACUAACCCCAAAGGUAACAAGGAACCCACAGUGGUGAAGUUUGCCCAGAGCUGGAGAACUGAAGACGGCGACUUGUUCUGUCAUGAUGACUGCCAAGGGGAAUGUCCUAGCUGCACUCCGGCUCUCCAACAGAAAUACAAGGGAGAGAAGUUAUGUGGUCUCUUGGCCAAAAAAGAUGGCCCAUUCGCCAGCUGCCACAAGGUCCUGGACCCAGGCAUGUUCAUGGACAACUGUGUCUAUGACGUCUGCAUCAAUAAAGGCAUCUAUCAGUUCCUCUGUGAGAACAUGAAAAGCUACAAUGAUGCCUGUUUGGCCGAGGGGGUCAAAAUUAGCCCUGAGUGGAGGACAAUCACUGGAUGCUAUCUAGAUGCCGAAGCAAAGUGCAAGGAACCCUGUGUGGAGACCUGUCAAUGCAACAAGGGCUUUGUCCUCAGUGGAGACAAAUGCGUCUCCAAGGAGAGCUGUGGCUGCUCAUAUGAAGGACGAUACUACCCGUCUGGAAUGAAGUUCUGGGAAGAUGACAAAUGCACAAAGCAGUGUGAAUGCAAUCCAGGAACAGCCAAGGUUGAAUGCAAAGCAACAGCAUGCAAGAAGUCAGAGAUGUGUGGCCUGCAGAGUGGUAAGAGAGAUUGCUACCCAACAUCUUAUGCCACUUGCCAAGGUUCAGGCGACCCCCACUACCGCACGUUUGAUGGCAAGAGGUUCGACUUCCAGGGAACGUGUACUUACGUUCUCUCCAAAUUGGUCAGCAAAGAUGACAAGUCUCUGGCGCCUUUUGAGGUGCUUGUAAAGAAUCAGAAUAGGGGGAGGAACACGGCAGUGUCUUAUACAAAAACAGUCACCAUCAUUGUCUUCAAAAACAUCAUCACCAUGAGUAGGGACAACCCUGGCAAAGUAUUGGUCAACAACCAGUACGUGAACUUGCCAUUUGAUGUAGAAGAUGGCCAACUGUCCAUCUUCCGCAGUGGGUAUUUCGGGGUGGUGAAGACCAAAUUUGGCCUGACACUGAAGUUCAACUGGAACAGCCACGUCUCCCUAACCCUCCCCAGCUCCUACUCAGACCUCAUCGGAGGGCUCUGCGGAAACUGGAACGGCCAACGGAACGACGACCUCCUCAAACCAGACAAGAGCCCUGCCAACACCCCAACAGUAUUUGGGGACAGCUGGAAAGUGGGGAACGACCCGGGCUGCUCCAGCGACUGCGACGGCAAAAAGUGCCCCACCUGUGACCACAGCCUGAUGCUUGAUUACCAAACAGGGAAGUAUUGCGGCAGGAUCACAGACAAAAACGGUCCGUUCAAGCACUGCCACGCCAAGGUGGACCCCACAGAGUACUAUGAGGACUGUGUGUUUGAUAUGUGUCUGUACCGUGGCCAUGCCUCUGCCCUCUGUAACGCCCUCAGCACCUACACCACUGCCUGCCAGGAUGCCCCUGCCAAGGUGGAACAGUGGAGGUCGGACAGCUUCUGUCCAUCUUCCUGCAAGGCCAACAGCCACUAUGAGGUGUGUGCCUCAGGCUGCCCCCAGACCUGCAGCGGCCUCGGUGAGCCUGAGAGCUGUGAGAACUCCCUGUGCACCGAGGGCUGUGUCUGUGACGACGGCUUCAUACAGAGCGACAGCGAGUGUGUGCCGCUGGCUGAAUGUGGCUGCAUUCACCAAAGCCAAUACUACCUGAUGGGCCAGGUGUUCUUCCCCAACGGCCAGUGCAAAGAGCGCUGUGUGUGUAAAAAGGAUGGACACAUGGAGUGUAAUGUGAAGUUUGCCUGCGGUCCCAAUGAGAAGUGCCAGGUCCAAGACGGGGUGCAGGCUUGUAUACCCAUGAGCACAGGCACCUGCCAUGUGAGCGGGGCCAGAAGAUUCCACUCGUUCGAUGGCAGCUGCUUCAGCCUACACGGGGACUGUGUGUACAAAAUGUCGGAGGUUGUGGAGAAAGACGGAUCGAUGGCUCCGUUUGUUGUGUCAGUGCAGCAGUUGACCAAGAUAGAUGAUGCAAUGGUGGAUGACGUUGCAACAAAUCUCCCACUGUCACUCGGAGAUGGAAAGGUCAGGGCCUACCAGAACGGCAUUAACAUCAUCGUGGUAACAGACUUUGGCUUGAUGGUGACCUACGACACCGUUGCUGGCGCCAUCAUACAGCUUCCAUCCACUUACAAAGGUGUUACCGGUGGUCUCUGUGGCAACUAUAAUGACAAGAAGGAGGAUGACUUCCUGCUGCCCAGUGGGCUGCAGGAGCCGUCUGUGGAGAAGUUUGCAGCGGGGUGGUUAGUGGUUCAGGAAGGGGUCAAAUGUCAGACAGGAUGUGACGGUGGCUUGAAGUGUCCUCCCACCAGUGGACCCCCGCCGGCUUGUAGCAUCAUAAAGUCAACCAAGGGUCCAUUUGCCCAAUGCCAUGCUGUUGUGCCACCACACGAGCACUUUGAGGAGUGCAUGAAGGAGGGAGAGGCUCUGACGUGUCCAGCUAACAGUCACUAUGAGUUGUGUGCCGACACCUGUUCUUCCACCUGUGGCUCUCUGAGUGAGUCUCCCAAAUGCCCACUAUGCCAGGAGGGCUGCCAGUGUGACGAUGGAUUUGUGUUUGAUGGUGGCAAGUGUGUCUUACUGGAGAACUGUGGCUGUGGGGUUGAUGGACACUAUUACAAGUCUGGCCAGUCUGUGAUGCUUGGCAACUGUUCUGAGACCUGCAGCUGUGCAGCAGGAGUAUUCACCUGCAAGAACUCACAGUGCAAAGAGGGUCAGAAAUGUGGGUUGAAGAAUGGAGUCAUGGACUGCUACAGCACAGACCCCUGUGAGGGUACUGUGUGCCGUGAGAAGGAAAACUGUGUGGUGAAGAACAAUAAGGCGGUAUGUGUGGCCCAGUCCAAGGCCACCUGCAGGGCUGUGGGCGACCCCCACUACCUCACCUUUGAUGGGGAGCGAUUUGACUUCCAGGGCACCUGCUCUUAUGUCAUGGCCACGGUUGUUAAAUCUGAACCUGGUCUCAUCCCGUUCACUGUCCUGACCAAGAACAACCACAGAGGGAACAGGAGGGUGUCUUUCGUAAGGAAAGUCUCAGUCACGGUCUAUGGGCUGACUGUUGUGAUCAGCACGCAUAAAGGGAAGGUUGAGGUGAAUGGUGAGAAUGUCUACCUGCCUGUGACCCUAGCCGGGGGAAACCUAACGGUGGUGUAUAGUGGCAGCUAUGCUGUUCUGAAGACAAACUUUGGCCUGAAGGUUAUGUACGACUGGAACAUGAAGUUCUACAUCACUGUCCCCAGCAGCUACUUCCGCACCCUGGGUGGGCUCUGUGGGAACUACAACGGGGAUCGCAACGACGAGUUCACUAACCCCAAAGGUAACAAGGAACCCACAGUGGUGAAGUUUGCCCAGAGCUGGAGAACUGAAGACGGCGACUUGUUCUGUCAUGAUGACUGCCAAGGGGAAUGUCCUAGCUGCACUCCGGCUCUCCAACAGAAAUACAAGGGAGAGAAGUUAUGUGGUCUCUUGGCCAAAAAAGAUGGCCCAUUCGCCAGCUGCCACAAGGUCCUGGACCCAGGCAUGUUCAUGGACAACUGUGUCUAUGACGUCUGCAUCAAUAAAGGCAUCUAUCAGUUCCUCUGUGAGAACAUGAAAAGCUACAAUGAUGCCUGUUUGGCCGAGGGGGUCAAAAUUAGCCCUGAGUGGAGGACAAUCACUGGAUGCUAUCUAGAUGCCGAAGCAAAGUGCAAGGAACCCUGUGUGGAGACCUGUCAAUGCAACAAGGGCUUUGUCCUCAGUGGAGACAAAUGCGUCUCCAAGGAGAGCUGUGGCUGCUCAUAUGAAGGACGAUACUACCCAUCUGGAAUGAAGUUCUGGGAAGAUGACAAAUGCACAAAACAGUGUGAAUGCAAUCCAGGAACAGCCAAGGUUGAAUGCAAAGCAACAGCAUGCAAGAAAUCAGAGAUGUGUGGCCUGCAGAGUGGUAAGAGAGAUUGCUACCCAACAUCUUAUGCCACUUGCCAAGGUUCAGGCGACCCCCACUACCGCACGUUUGAUGGCAAGAGGUUCGACUUCCAGGGAACGUGUACUUACGUUCUCUCCAAAUUGGUCAGCAAAGAUGACAAGUCUCUGGCGCCUUUUGAGGUGCUUGUAAAGAAUCAGAAUAGGGGGAGGAACACGGCAGUGUCUUAUACAAAAACAGUCACCAUCAUUGUCUUCAAAAACAUCAUCACCAUGAGUAGGGACAACCCUGGCAAAGUAUUGUUCAACAACCAGUACGUGAACUUGCCAUUUGAUGUAGAAGAUGGCCAACUGUCCAUUUUCCGCAGUGGGUAUUUCGGGGUGGUGAAGACCAAAUUUGGCCUGACACUGAAGUUCAACUGGAACAGCCACGUCUCCCUAACCCUCCCCAGCUCCUACUCAGACCUCAUCGGAGGGCUCUGCGGAAACUGGAACGGUCAACGGAACGACGACCUCCUCAAACCAGACAAGAGCCCUGCCAACACCCCAACAGUAUUUGGGGACAGCUGGAAAGUGGGGAACGACCCGGGCUGCUCCAGCGACUGCGACGGCAAAAAGUGCCCCACCUGUGACCACAGCCUGAUGCUUGAUUACCAAACAGGGAAGUAUUGCGGCAGGAUCACAGACAAAAACGGUCCGUUCAAGCACUGCCACGCCAAGGUGGACCCCACAGAGUACUAUGAGGACUGUGUGUUUGAUAUGUGUCUGUACCGUGGCCAUGCCUCUGCCCUCUGUAACGCCCUCAGCACCUACACCACUGCCUGCCAGGAUGCCCCUGCCAAGGUGGAACAGUGGAGGUCGGACAGCUUCUGUCCAUCUUCCUGCAAGGCCAACAGCCACUAUGAGGUGUGUGCCUCAGGCUGCCCCCAGACCUGCAGCGGCCUCGGUGAGCCUGAGAGCUGUGAGAACUCCCUGUGCACCGAGGGCUGUGUCUGUGACGAGGGCUUCAUACAGAGCGACAGCGAGUGUGUGCCGCUGGCUGAAUGUGGCUGCAUUCACCAAGGCCAAUACUACCUGAUGGGCCAGGUGUUCUUCCCCAACGGCCAGUGCAAAGAGCGCUGUGUGUGUAACAAGGAUGGACACAUGGAGUGUAAUGUGAAGUUUGCCUGCGGUCCCAAUGAGAAGUGCCAGGUCCAAGACGGGGUGCAGGCUUGUAUACCCAUGAGCACAGGCACCUGCCAUGUGAGCGGGGCCAGAAGAUUCCACUCGUUCGAUGGCAGCUGCUUCAGCCUACACGGGGACUGUGUGUACAAAAUGUCGGAGGUUGUGGAGAAAGACGGAUCGAUGGCUCCGUUUGUUGUGUCAGUGCAGCAGUUGACCAAGAUGGAUGAUGCAAUGGUGGAUGACGUUGCAACAAAUCUCCCACUGUCACUCGGAGAUGGAAAGGUCAGGGCCUACCAGAACGGCAUUAACAUCAUCGUGGUAACAGACUUUGGCUUGAUGGUGACCUACGACACCGUUGCUGGCGCCAUCAUACAGCUUCCAUCCACUUACAAAGGUGUUACCGGUGGUCUCUGUGGCAACUAUAAUGACAAGAAGGAGGAUGACUUCCUGCUGCCCAGUGGGCUGCAGGAGCCGUCUGUGGAGAAGUUUGCAGUGGGGUGGUUAGUGGUUCAGGAAGGGGUCAAAUGUCAGACAGGAUGUGACGGUGGCUUGAAGUGUCCUCCCACCAGUGGACCCCCGCCGGCUUGUAGCAUCAUAAAGUCAACCAAGGGUCCAUUUGCCCAAUGCCAUGCUGUUGUGCCACCACAAGAGCACUUUGAGGAGUGCAUGAAGGAGGGAGAGGCUCUGACGUGUCCAGCUAACAGUCACUAUGAGUUGUGUGCCGACACCUGUUCUUCCACCUGUGGCUCUCUGAGUGAGUCUCCCAAAUGCCCACUAUGCCAGGAGGGCUGCCAGUGUGACGAUGGAUUUGUGUUUGAUGGUGGCAAGUGUGUCUUACUGGAGAACUGUGGCUGUGGGGUUGAUGGACACUAUUACAAGUCUGGCCAGUCUGUGAUGCUUGGCAACUGUUCUGAGACCUGCAGCUGUGCAGCAGGAGUAUUCACCUGCAAGAACUCACAGUGCAAAGAGGGUCAGAAAUGUGGGUUGAAGAAUGGAGUCAUGGACUGCUACAGCACAGACCCCUGUGAGGGUACUGUGUGCCGUGAGAAGGAAAACUGUGUGGUGAAGAACAAUAAGGCGGUAUGUGUGGCCCAGUCCAAGGCCACCUGCAGGGCUGUGGGCGACCCCCACUACCUCACCUUUGAUGGGGAGCGAUUUGACUUCCAGGGCACCUGCUCUUAUGUCAUGGCCACGGUUGUUAAAUCUGAACCUGGUCUCAUCCCGUUCACUGUCCUGACCAAGAACAACCACAGAGGGAACAGGAGGGUGUCUUUCGUAAGGAAAGUCUCAGUCACGGUCUAUGGGCUGACUGUUGUGAUCAGCACGCAUAAAGGGAAGGUUGAGGUGAAUGGUGAGAAUGUCUACCUGCCUGUGACCCUAGCCGGGGGAAACCUAACGGUGGUGUAUAGUGGCAGCUAUGCUGUUCUGAAGACAAACUUUGGCCUGAAGGUUAUGUACGACUGGAACAUGAAGUUCUACAUCACUGUCCCCAGCAGCUACUUCCGCACCCUGGGUGGGCUCUGUGGGAACUACAACGGGGAUCGCAACGACGAGUUCACUAACCCCAAAGGUAACAAGGAACCCACAGUGGUGAAGUUUGCCCAGAGCUGGAGAACUGAAGACGGCGACUUGUUCUGUCAUGAUGACUGCCAAGGGGAAUGUCCUAGCUGCACUCCGGCUCUCCAACAGAAAUACAAGGGAGAGAAGUUAUGUGGUCUCUUGGCCAAAAAAGAUGGCCCAUUCGCCAGCUGCCACAAGGUCCUGGACCCAGGCAUGUUCAUGGACAACUGUGUCUAUGACGUCUGCAUCAAUAAAGGCAUCUAUCAGUUCCUCUGUGAGAACAUGAAAAGCUACAAUGAUGCCUGUUUGGCCGAGGGGGUCAAAAUUAGCCCUGAGUGGAGGACAAUCACUGGAUGCUAUCUAGAUGCCGAAGCAAAGUGCAAGGAACCCUGUGUGGAGACCUGUCAAUGCAACAAGGGCUUUGUCCUCAGUGGAGACAAAUGCGUCUCCAAGGAGAGCUGUGGCUGCUCAUAUGAAGGACGAUACUACCCAUCUGGAAUGAAGUUCUGGGAAGAUGACAAAUGCACAAAACAGUGUGAAUGCAAUCCAGGAACAGCCAAGGUUGAAUGCAAAGCAACAGCAUGCAAGAAAUCAGAGAUGUGUGGCCUGCAGAGUGGUAAGAGAGAUUGCUACCCAACAUCUUAUGCCACUUGCCAAGGUUCAGGCGACCCCCACUACCGCACGUUUGAUGGCAAGAGGUUCGACUUCCAGGGAACGUGUACUUACGUUCUCUCCAAAUUGGUCAGCAAAGAUGACAAGUCUCUGGCGCCUUUUGAGGUGCUUGUAAAGAAUCAGAAUAGGGGGAGGAACACGGCAGUGUCUUAUACAAAAACAGUCACCAUCAUUGUCUUCAAAAACAUCAUCACCAUGAGUAGGGACAACCCUGGCAAAGUAUUGUUCAACAACCAGUACGUGAACUUGCCAUUUGAUGUAGAAGAUGGCCAACUGUCCAUUUUCCGCAGUGGGUAUUUCGGGGUGGUGAAGACCAAAUUUGGCCUGACACUGAAGUUCAACUGGAACAGCCACGUCUCCCUAACCCUCCCCAGCUCCUACUCAGACCUCAUCGGAGGGCUCUGCGGAAACUGGAACGGUCAACGGAACGACGACCUCCUCAAACCAGACAAGAGCCCUGCCAACACCCCAACAGUAUUUGGGGACAGCUGGAAAGUGGGGAACGACCCGGGCUGCUCCAGCGACUGCGACGGCAAAAAGUGCCCCACCUGUGACCACAGCCUGAUGCUUGAUUACCAAACAGGGAAGUAUUGCGGCAGGAUCACAGACAAAAACGGUCCGUUCAAGCACUGCCACGCCAAGGUGGACCCCACAGAGUACUAUGAGGACUGUGUGUUUGAUAUGUGUCUGUACCGUGGCCAUGCCUCUGCCCUCUGUAACGCCCUCAGCACCUACACCACUGCCUGCCAGGAUGCCCCUGCCAAGGUGGAACAGUGGAGGUCGGACAGCUUCUGUCCAUCUUCCUGCAAGGCCAACAGCCACUAUGAGGUGUGUGCCUCAGGCUGCCCCCAGACCUGCAGCGGCCUCGGUGAGCCUGAGAGCUGUGAGAACUCCCUGUGCACCGAGGGCUGUGUCUGUGACGAGGGCUUCAUACAGAGCGACAGCGAGUGUGUGCCGCUGGCUGAAUGUGGCUGCAUUCACCAAGGCCAAUACUACCUGAUGGGCCAGGUGUUCUUCCCCAACGGCCAGUGCAAAGAGCGCUGUGUGUGUAAAAAGGAUGGACACAUGGAGUGUAAUGUGAAGUUUGCCUGCGGUCCCAAUGAGAAGUGCCAGGUCCAAGACGGGGUGCAGGCUUGUAUACCCAUGAGCACAGGCACCUGCCAUGUGAGCGGGGCCAGAAGAUUCCACUCGUUCGAUGGCAGCUGCUUCAGCCUACACGGGGACUGUGUGUACAAAAUGUCGGAGGUUGUGGAGAAAGACGGAUCGAUGGCUCCGUUUGUUGUGUCAGUGCAGCAGUUGACCAAGAUGGAUGAUGCAAUGGUGGAUGACGUUGCAACAAAUCUCCCACUGUCACUCGGAGAUGGAAAGGUCAGGGCCUACCAGAACGGCAUUAACAUCAUCGUGGUAACAGACUUUGGCUUGAUGGUGACCUACGACACCGUUGCUGGCGCCAUCAUACAGCUUCCAUCCACUUACAAAGGUGUUACCGGUGGUCUCUGUGGCAACUAUAAUGACAAGAAGGAGGAUGACUUCCUGCUGCCCAGUGGGCUGCAGGAGCCGUCUGUGGAGAAGUUUGCAGUGGGGUGGUUAGUGGUUCAGGAAGGGGUCAAAUGUCAGACAGGAUGUGACGGUGGCUUGAAGUGUCCUCCCACCAGUGGACCCCCGCCGGCUUGUAGCAUCAUAAAGUCAACCAAGGGUCCAUUUGCCCAAUGCCAUGCUGUUGUGCCACCACAAGAGCACUUUGAGGAGUGCAUGAAGGAGGGAGAGGCUCUGACGUGUCCAGCUAACAGUCACUAUGAGUUGUGUGCCGACACCUGUUCUUCCACCUGUGGCUCUCUGAGUGAGUCUCCCAAAUGCCCACUAUGCCAGGAGGGCUGCCAGUGUGACGAUGGAUUUGUGUUUGAUGGUGGCAAGUGUGUCUUACUGGAGAACUGUGGCUGUGGGGUUGAUGGACACUAUUACAAGUCUGGCCAGUCUGUGAUGCUUGGCAACUGUUCUGAGACCUGCAGCUGUGCAGCAGGAGUAUUCACCUGCAAGAACUCACAGUGCAAAGAGGGUCAGAAAUGUGGGUUGAAGAAUGGAGUCAUGGACUGCUACAGCACAGACCCCUGUGAGGGUACUGUGUGCCGUGAGAAGGAAAACUGUGUGGUGAAGAACAAUAAGGCGGUAUGUGUGGCCCAGUCCAAGGCCACCUGCAGGGCUGUGGGCGACCCCCACUACCUCACCUUUGAUGGGGAGCGAUUUGACUUCCAGGGCACCUGCUCUUAUGUCAUGGCCACGGUUGUUAAAUCUGAACCUGGUCUCAUCCCGUUCACUGUCCUGACCAAGAACAACCACAGAGGGAACAGGAGGGUGUCUUUCGUAAGGAAAGUCUCAGUCACGGUCUAUGGGCUGACUGUUGUGAUCAGCACGCAUAAAGGGAAGGUUGAGGUGAAUGGUGAGAAUGUCUACCUGCCUGUGACCCUAGCCGGGGGAAACCUAACGGUGGUGUAUAGUGGCAGCUAUGCUGUUCUGAAGACAAACUUUGGCCUGAAGGUUAUGUACGACUGGAACAUGAAGUUCUACAUCACUGUCCCCAGCAGCUACUUCCGCACCCUGGGUGGGCUCUGUGGGAACUACAACGGGGAUCGCAACGACGAGUUCACUAACCCCAAAGGUAACAAGGAACCCACAGUGGUGAAGUUUGCCCAGAGCUGGAGAACUGAAGACGGCGACUUGUUCUGUCAUGAUGACUGCCAAGGGGAAUGUCCUAGCUGCACUCCGGCUCUCCAACAGAAAUACAAGGGAGAGAAGUUAUGUGGUCUCUUGGCCAAAAAAGAUGGCCCAUUCGCCAGCUGCCACAAGGUCCUGGACCCAGGCAUGUUCAUGGACAACUGUGUCUAUGACGUCUGCAUCAAUAAAGGCAUCUAUCAGUUCCUCUGUGAGAACAUGAAAAGCUACAAUGAUGCCUGUUUGGCCGAGGGGGUCAAAAUUAGCCCUGAGUGGAGGACAAUCACUGGAUGCUAUCUAGAUGCCGAAGCAAAGUGCAAGGAACCCUGUGUGGAGACCUGUCAAUGCAACAAGGGCUUUGUCCUCAGUGGAGACAAAUGCGUCUCCAAGGAGAGCUGUGGCUGCUCAUAUGAAGGACGAUACUACCCAUCUGGAAUGAAGUUCUGGGAAGAUGACAAAUGCACAAAACAGUGUGAAUGCAAUCCAGGAACAGCCAAGGUUGAAUGCAAAGCAACAGCAUGCAAGAAAUCAGAGAUGUGUGGCCUGCAGAGUGGUAAGAGAGAUUGCUACCCAACAUCUUAUGCCACUUGCCAAGGUUCAGGCGACCCCCACUACCGCACGUUUGAUGGCAAGAGGUUCGACUUCCAGGGAACGUGUACUUACGUUCUCUCCAAAUUGGUCAGCAAAGAUGACAAGUCUCUGGCGCCUUUUGAGGUGCUUGUAAAGAAUCAGAAUAGGGGGAGGAACACGGCAGUGUCUUAUACAAAAACAGUCACCAUCAUUGUCUUCAAAAACAUCAUCACCAUGAGUAGGGACAACCCUGGCAAAGUAUUGUUCAACAACCAGUACGUGAACUUGCCAUUUGAUGUAGAAGAUGGCCAACUGUCCAUUUUCCGCAGUGGGUAUUUCGGGGUGGUGAAGACCAAAUUUGGCCUGACACUGAAGUUCAACUGGAACAGCCACGUCUCCCUAACCCUCCCCAGCUCCUACUCAGACCUCAUCGGAGGGCUCUGCGGAAACUGGAACGGUCAACGGAACGACGACCUCCUCAAACCAGACAAGAGCCCUGCCAACACCCCAACAGUAUUUGGGGACAGCUGGAAAGUGGGGAACGACCCGGGCUGCUCCAGCGACUGCGACGGCAAAAAGUGCCCCACCUGUGACCACAGCCUGAUGCUUGAUUACCAAACAGGGAAGUAUUGCGGCAGGAUCACAGACAAAAACGGUCCGUUCAAGCACUGCCACGCCAAGGUGGACCCCACAGAGUACUAUGAGGACUGUGUGUUUGAUAUGUGUCUGUACCGUGGCCAUGCCUCUGCCCUCUGUAACGCCCUCAGCACCUACACCACUGCCUGCCAGGAUGCCCCUGCCAAGGUGGAACAGUGGAGGUCGGACAGCUUCUGUCCAUCUUCCUGCAAGGCCAACAGCCACUAUGAGGUGUGUGCCUCAGGCUGCCCCCAGACCUGCAGCGGCCUCGGUGAGCCUGAGAGCUGUGAGAACUCCCUGUGCACCGAGGGCUGUGUCUGUGACGAGGGCUUCAUACAGAGCGACAGCGAGUGUGUGCCGCUGGCUGAAUGUGGCUGCAUUCACCAAGGCCAAUACUACCUGAUGGGCCAGGUGUUCUUCCCCAACGGCCAGUGCAAAGAGCGCUGUGUGUGUAAAAAGGAUGGACACAUGGAGUGUAAUGUGAAGUUUGCCUGCGGUCCCAAUGAGAAGUGCCAGGUCCAAGACGGGGUGCAGGCUUGUAUACCCAUGAGCACAGGCACCUGCCAUGUGAGCGGGGCCAGAAGAUUCCACUCGUUCGAUGGCAGCUGCUUCAGCCUACACGGGGACUGUGUGUACAAAAUGUCGGAGGUUGUGGAGAAAGACGGAUCGAUGGCUCCGUUUGUUGUGUCAGUGCAGCAGUUGACCAAGAUGGAUGAUGCAAUGGUGGAUGACGUUGCAACAAAUCUCCCACUGUCACUCGGAGAUGGAAAGGUCAGGGCCUACCAGAACGGCAUUAACAUCAUCGUGGUAACAGACUUUGGCUUGAUGGUGACCUACGACACCGUUGCUGGCGCCAUCAUACAGCUUCCAUCCACUUACAAAGGUGUUACCGGUGGUCUCUGUGGCAACUAUAAUGACAAGAAGGAGGAUGACUUCCUGCUGCCCAGUGGGCUGCAGGAGCCGUCUGUGGAGAAGUUUGCAGUGGGGUGGUUAGUGGUUCAGGAAGGGGUCAAAUGUCAGACAGGAUGUGACGGUGGCUUGAAGUGUCCUCCCACCAGUGGACCCCCGCCGGCUUGUAGCAUCAUAAAGUCAACCAAGGGUCCAUUUGCCCAAUGCCAUGCUGUUGUGCCACCACAAGAGCACUUUGAGGAGUGCAUGAAGGAGGGAGAGGCUCUGACGUGUCCAGCUAACAGUCACUAUGAGUUGUGUGCCGACACCUGUUCUUCCACCUGUGGCUCUCUGAGUGAGUCUCCCAAAUGCCCACUAUGCCAGGAGGGCUGCCAGUGUGACGAUGGAUUUGUGUUUGAUGGUGGCAAGUGUGUCUUACUGGAGAACUGUGGCUGUGGGGUUGAUGGACACUAUUACAAGUCUGGCCAGUCUGUGAUGCUUGGCAACUGUUCUGAGACCUGCAGCUGUGCAGCAGGAGUAUUCACCUGCAAGAACUCACAGUGCAAAGAGGGUCAGAAAUGUGGGUUGAAGAAUGGAGUCAUGGACUGCUACAGCACAGACCCCUGUGAGGGUACUGAGUGCCGUGACAAAGAGAACUGUGUGGUGAAGAACAAUAAGGCGGUGUGUGUGGCCCAGUCCAAGGCCUACUGCUGGGCGUUCGGUGACCCUCAUUACACCACAUUCGAUGGCCAGCCCUUCUCCUUCACGGGCACCUGCUCCUACAUUCUGGUGAAUACGACCGGCAAAGAUCCCUCCCUGCCUCAGUUCAGCAUCCAGACCAAGAAUGAGCUGCGCGGCAACUCCGAGGGCUCCUUCGUCAAGUCAGCCAACAUAGACCUGAGUGGUCACAGGAUCACCAUUCUCAGUGGCCAAAGAGGGACAGUGGAGAUUGAUGGCAUUAGGUCUGACCUCCCUGUGAGUUUGGAGUCUGGCAGCAUCAGAAUCACAGAGUCUGGUAUUCGAGGGACCAUCCAGUCAGAUGUUGGCCUGGAGAUCACUUUUGACUGGACCAGCCUCUUCAUGGUGACCAUCAGCAGCAGUUACUACGACAACCUCGGUGGCAUCUGUGGCAACUACAAUGGUAACAAAGCAGAUGACUUCACCACUCCCACAGGUGUGCUUUCAGCAAAUACCACGGCGUGGGUGGCAUCCUGGAGUGUUGCCGACGGUGACCCAUUCUGCUGGCACGUCUGUAACAGCAACUGCCCCACGUGCUCAGAUGCAGACCGGGCACUUUACACUGGACCACAGUACUGUGGUUUGAUGACAGACGUAGGGGGUCCAUUUGAACAGUGUCAUAAGAAAGUGCCGGUGAAGGAGUUUGCCUCAAACUGCCUCUAUGAUGUGUGUCUGAAUGAGGGUCGACAGGAGGUGUUGUGUGAGGCCUUGGCUAACUACGUGGCCGAAUGUCAGCAGGCUGGGGCUGUAGUCUCACCGCUGUGGCGAAAGGCCUCCAACUGCCCCCUGGCUUGCCCAUACCACAGCCACUAUGAGCUAUGUGGCACUGCCUGCCCUGCUACCUGUGCCGAUCUCAAAGUCUCAGAGAUCUGUUCCAAAGUCUGUGUGGAGGGCUGCCAGUGCGACAAGGGUUACGUGCUCAGCGGUGAACAAUGUGUCGUCAAGGAGACAGGGUGUGGCUGUACACACAAUGACCACUACUACCUGCCCGAAGAAACCUUCUGGGAGGGAAACACAUGUCAGAGUAAGUGUGUGUGCGACGGAGCCACACAGAAGGUGAUGUGUAUGCCCAGGAAGUGCAAGGCUAGUGAGCACUGUGCAGUGGUCAAUGGGGUUCAGGACUGCUACCCCCUCAGCUUCAAGACCUGCUCAGCACAGGGGGACCCCCACUUCCGCACCUUUGAUGGGAAGCGCUUCGACUUCCAGGGCAACUGUAUCUACAAGCUGGCGGGGGUCUGCUCCAAAGAUCCCGAUCUGGAGAACUUUGAGGUGACUCUGGAGAACAACAACAGAGGCAGCACCAGAGUCUCCUACGCCAAGGUGGUGACUGUCAUUGUGUUGGGAAGUAGUUACACCAUCACAGGUGAUUAUCACGGCAAAGUCCUGGUGAACGAUGUCCUGACGUCUCUGCCAUACUACUCCAACAACACUGAGGUUCAGAUCUACAGAAACAGACGUUUUGCUGUUCUGGAGACUCAUUUCGGUCUCACGGUCUCCUUCGACUGGUCCGGCGAGGUGAGGGUGAAGGUCCCGAGCACCUACCACAACGCCAUCUGUGGUCUCUGUGGCAACCUCAAUGACAACCCUGAUGAUGACCUGCUUCUGCCCAACGGGAAAAAGCCCAUGAGUCCCAAGGAGUUUGGAAACAGUUACUGGGUAGCUGACGUACCGGGCUGCUCCCACGAGUGCAAAGAUUGUGCCGUUGUAGACAUCCCCCUUAUAAAGCCCAAAUAUGUCAGCGCCUGUGAUGUCAUUGUGGAUAAGAGUGGUCCCCUCAGAGACUGCAUUGGUAGAGUGCAAUCUGAUGAGUACAAAGAAGACUGCAUCUAUGACAUGAUCCUCAACAACGGCCUACUGACGGCAGCCUGUGACAUCAUCACCAACUAUGUAGAAGAGUGUCAGGAGAAGGGAGGGAAAAUUGGGGCCUGGAGGAGUAAAGACUUCUGCCACCUCCCCUGUCCAGAGAACAGUGUCUACAGCCUCUCGGCCUCCGGGUGCCCGGCCACAUGCUAUUCCAUGACCUCCGCCCCAGGAUGCACCACUCCUCCAGGGGAGGGCUGUCAAUGCAAACCUGGUUUCCUGCUGAGUGAUGACAAGUGUGUUCAUGUGAAGAACUGUGGCUGUCACCACAAGGGUCGCUACUUUGUGUCCGGCGAGGUCUUCUAUAAGGAGGAGAACUGCCACCACCGCUGCAGCUGUAACUCCGGCGAGAUGGCCUGUGAGGUGGCGCCCUGCGGUCCGAAGACCACGUGUGCGGUGGUGAAGGGGGUUGUAGGCUAA